UCCGCUGCCACAGCUUCAAACUGCCUCAGUCUCAUCCACAGCGUGCUGCUGCUGCUGCUGCUGCCCCUUAAACAUGCUGUCCUUCGCUCUGAAGCAACUCACACGGCCGCUAUGCCAGCGGGCCCCUGUCCGGCUCAGUGUACGUCUCCAGCACGCUGCCACUCGUGUCGUGGAUGAAGAUCGUCCUUGGACUGGGCAGGACAGUCUGGCUGAGGAUGACCCCGAAAUGUGGGCUCUGCUGCAGAAGGAGAAGGACAGGCAGUGCCGUGGUCUGGAGCUCAUUGCAUCUGAGAAUUUCUGCAGCCGAGCAGCUCUGGAAGCUCAGGGCUCCUGUCUGAACAACAAAUACUCUGAAGGCUACCCAGGGAGACGGUACUAUGGUGGUGCAGAAGUGGUCGACCAAAUCGAGCUGCUUUGUCAAAAGCGAGCACUGGACGCCUUUGACCUGGACCCAGAGAAGUGGGGUGUCAACGUCCAGCCGUACUCUGGCUCUCCUGCUAACUUUGCGGUCUACACGGCCGUGCUCAAACCCCAUGACCGCAUCAUGGGCCUGGACCUUCCUGAUGGAGGACACCUGACCCAUGGUUACAUGUCUGAUGUGAAGAGGAUCUCUGCGACAUCCAUUUAUUUUGAGUCCAUGCCCUACAAGUUAAAUGCUGCAACAGGACUCAUAGACUACGACCAGAUGGAGAUGACGGCCAAGCUGUUCCGGCCCAAGCUCAUCAUCGCUGGCACCAGUGCCUAUGCCCGCCUCAUUGACUAUGCCCGCAUCAAGAAGCUAUGCACCGACAUCAAUGCCUACCUGCUUGCUGACAUGGCUCACAUCAGCGGGCUGGUGGCGGGCAGAGCCGUCCCCACGCCCUUCGAGCACGCUGACCUGGUCACCUCCACCACUCACAAGUCCCUGCGAGGAGCCAGGGCUGGCCUCAUCUUCUACCGUAAAGGUCUUCGCUCAGUGGACAAGAAGGGAAAGGAAAUCAUGUACGACCUUGAGGACAAAGUCAACUUCUCAGUUUUCCCCUCGCUGCAGGGUGGACCUCACAACCACGCCAUCGCUGGCGUUGCUGUGGCGCUUAGACAGGCACAGUCUCCGAUGUUCAAGGAAUACAUUUCCCAGGUACUGAGGAAUGCCAAGACCAUGGCUGGAGCUCUUCUCAGCAAAGGCUACACACUAGUAUCAGGUGGGACCGACAACCACCUGGUCUUGGUGGACCUGCGGCCCAAGGGCAUCGACGGGGCCCGAGCUGAGAGGGUGUUGGAGCUCGUCUCAAUCACCGCCAAUAAGAACACCUGCCCCGGGGACAAGAGCGCCCUGACCCCCGGCGGUCUCCGGCUCGGUGCUCCAGCUCUGACCUCCAGACAAUUUAAAGAAGAUGACUUUGUGCAAGUUGUUGAGUUUAUGGACGAAGGCUUCAAGAUUGCCUUGGAUGUGAAGAAGAAGACAGGAAAGCUCCAGAACUUCAAGGACUUCCUGCUCCAGGACCCAGAGACGGUGGCUCGCAUCGCCGACCUGCGGCACCGCGUCGAGGCGUUCGCCAGGCCGUUCCCCAUGCCCGGGUUCAAAGACCAUUAGGACGGCUGAUCAGUAACAGCCCGGUGGCAGAGAUGGAAAAAAUGUCAUGGUACUGAAAUGUAUUUGCUGCCUGUAAAUUAAGAUUCUUCAAGUUCAUCUUUUGCCAAUCAGAUCCAGGAAUCCACUUUUUUUCUCUUUUUUUUUUCUUUUGUUUAUAUACAUGUUUGCUGUCAACUCAUCAGUCUAUUCAUGGAGCAUCACAUUCUCCAGCUUGAGAUAAAUAAUAAAAUAACAUGACAUUUGACAGAUUUUUGUGGAGCAGAAGAAUUAAGGGUCUGUGAUGUUUUAAGAGCGUCGUCAGCUGUCUUCACACCGUUCGCGCAACACAAGUGUGAGGGAAAAGAAACUGACAAACAAGGACCAGCAGCUGGUGUCUCAGUCUCCGAUUUAAUAAGUGAAAACCGCGUUGCUGAAAAAUACACACAGAGUCUUAAUUAAGUGAAUAUCUUUAGCAUUGCUUAUAUGUUUUAUCAUAUUCAUUGUGCGUUGUACUUUAAUUUCCUGGUUUUGAAACCAAGCACAAAGAGAGGCGACAUGAUAAGGAGCUUUAUGUCCGGUAACAAUGUGUUGGUUUCUUUUUGGAGGGCUAUUUUUGUUAAAAAAAAUAUAUAAAAUUGGACAUUACCGGUAACUAAAACUGUUAAAGUAAUAUUUUUCUAAGAUAAAACUGAUUUAAGCUGCUUUUCUCCAGCGUGGAAGGGUCCAAGUCGAAUUAUAUAGAAGGUUGACUGAAUUAUAUCUUCAUAUAUUAUAGUUUAAUAAAGCAACACAACCAUUUGUGCUUAGAUUGUUUAAAACUACAUUUCACAGAGUAGAAAUUAACUUGAAUUUAUAUAUAAGAUGGCACUGUCAUGUGUCAUUUAUUUAAUUAAGGAUGUUCUUUUUCCUUCGACACUUUAUUUCAUAGUGUAGAUGUCAGAUUGUAAUAACUCUUUAUUUUGCUAUGACAAACAUUUAAAUAGAUACACACAUGGAAUAACAAAAAUACAGUGUAAUUAUUCCUAUUUUCCUCAGUUUGUUUACAAAGAGUACAUACUUUUUCUACAUGUAGUUUCAAAACAAACUAUACAGCUGCCAUCAUGUCAUAUAUAUCUUAGCAUUUCCAGUAUCUUGCUAAUUUAAUAGUUUGACAUAAGGAGAAAAAAAUUACAGCAAAAAUUUUAAAAGUGGACCAGUCUCUGAUUUAUGCCUGUGUGUGUUUGUUUUUUAUUCAUAAAUCCAGUGUUGUUCAGUGAUUAAAACAGUGAAGUAGUUUGAGUUGAUGAAAUAUUUUGUAUUUGUUUUGUGGUCUGGAUCACAGAUAUGAAGAAACAGGUCUAUGAAACGGCACUACUCAGAAAUAAGUGUUAAAAAUAUAUAGUUCUUUCUUACUUUUCACAAAACACAGUUUUUUAACUCAACAAUUACAAAUACUUUAUCCAUAUGACAAUUUUCAAAACAUUUUUGCCAAAAUGUACCAGCAAGUAUUUUGCUAUAAUGUUUACUAAUCUAUCGUUGAUCUGUUGUCAUCUUUGACUUAUCAACCAAUGUACACUGAAAGAGUUAACUCAUUUUCUUUUACAGAAUCUUUUUAAUAAUUUGCAGUCUUAAUGAAAUAAAAUCAUCCAAAUAUU